GUCAGGAUGUCGUCCGUGGGGAAGGUGACCAAGGUUCAUAGCGGCAAAGUCUACCAGCAGAUCUUCGAGGCUGAGGUGCAGCUGGUCCAGGCCUUGGCAGCCAGCAGAAAUCGGCCCACAGUGCAUCCUGUAACCUCAAAGAGUGAUGGGCUACCCUUGAUGAAGAAGAUAGAGUUUGCUGAAGGGCAGACAAUUUCCCCUCGGCAGUGGAAGUGGCUGCACAGCCUCCCUAAUGAUGGGGUCACAGAAAACCCUGUUCUCUACAGGGAAAAGGAAAUUGCCAGGAAGGAAAAAGCACAAGAGAGUGAGAACACUGUUGCUGCUCGAGAAGUGUGGGGCCUCAUGCCCAACAUCGUUCCUGAAAAGACAAACAUUUCUGUCCUUCAAGAACAAGAAGAGUCCAAGAGGAAGAGGCACGAGAAUGCUCUGGCCAGCUUUGAGGAGGAGGUCGCCAAGAUAGGCAUGGAAAUGGAACCUCUCAUCUUGGAGACAGGGCGAACUUUAUCAAACAAAAUCUCUGAGUCUGAGGAAGACAUUGACCGUCUCUUCAACAAGAUUGAAGGCGACAUCAAUCUUGAGGACUAUUCCAUCGACACCCUGUUGGACCUGUGGGAUAAGGUGGUUGAGAUGUUUCUGCUCCAGAAGAAGGAGAUUAAGGAGCUGGAUGAGGCACUGCUCUCGCUGGAGGCCUCACGAGCCACUAAGCUAAAGAGCGUGUUGACAAAAUAUGUGGAGAUCAUACAGAAAACAUCCUACCUCAUGCAGCCGGAUGUGUACAGGCUGAUGGAUAAAGAAGCCAUGAUCAUGAAUCAUGCCUUGCUAGCCAACCAGAGGGCCAUCGCCCGGCUAUCUGUCAACCUGAUGGAAGCUACACUGCAACAGGAGCUCAACAGCUGCUACCGCUGGCGGAGUCUGGUGGAUGCCUGGAAGAGUCUCAAGAAGGAGUCUCUACUACAGAGCUUCAGUGAGUACAUGGCCAGUGAGCAUGUCCAGACCCCCCCAGCAGUACAGGAAGAACUACAGCAAAUGCUGAUGACCCAGCGUGAAGUGCAGCAAAAGCGAUUGGAGCAUCUGGACACCCUAUGUGACCUCCUGCCCCCCAACUAUAACAAAGACCAGCUCACCGAGUGGCAUUCUUCUCUCCACUCCAUGAACAAGAAGCUAGACACCUAUCACAUAGAGUCCAUGAUGAGGAUCCGCUUUCUGUAUGAGACGACAUGGCAGGAGUGCCUGGCACAUGUGCAGGAAUGCAAGAGGCAGCUUCUGGACUGGAAGGCCUUCAGUGAGGAGGAGGCAGAGAGCCUGGUGAACCCUACCUUCUUCCAGAUGGUGGGAGUGCUACAGAAGAAGGUGGAGAAGGAGCUGGAGCUCCUGGAUAGUUCCUUCGAGAUCCUGGCCAAGCAGACGGAGGGGCAGAGCUUUGACCUCUUCAGGUACUUCAAGGAGGCUGCAAAGCUGUGGGAGACACACCAGAACAUGCUUCAGGUGCAAGAGGUGGAGCUCGAGAAGAAGAUAGAGAAACUUCGAGAGAAAAAUAGCCUGGAGAGCCAGAGCCUGGAGGCCCAACUGGAUAAGCUCUUGGAUCAACUGAGGCAGCAAAGCCAUGAAGAAGCACUAAGAAUACACCUGGAAAAGGCCAAACAUUAUCUGAAGAGCAUACAAUCCAAAUUUGAGAAUUUUCAUGGCCUCCUGACCAAGGAAGUAAUGGAGUACCCAGUGAUCCUUUUGAAAGAACUCAACAACUACAGUUCCAACCUCAGCCAACAUUUCUUCGUUCGUGAAGUCUUUGAACAGAACUUGGCCGGAGAAGUCGUUUUCACAGUCAGGAAACCAGAUGAACAGAAAAAUAACUUGGUGCAGCAAAUAAGCAAAAAGAAGAAAAAGCGCAGGGCAAAAGUGGAUAUGACCAUUGCUGAAGAAAGCCUAAGUCAAGAGACAGUUUCUGCAAAACCAGCAGAAGAAAUCCAAGAAAAAGGUCAACAGACCUGGGCAACGGAAGAGAUACCAAGCCAGCAGUACAAGUUUUCACAGACUGACCAGGUGGAUGCGCCCAGAGAAAGCUCUGCACCUGAAUCAGAAGAAAUGAAGGGUGAAGGAGAGUUCCCUUUGGGGCUAUCCUUGAACCAGGAACAUGUGAGGGUUCAAGAAGAGAAGGAGGAGGAGGAGGAGGAGGAGGAAGAAGAACAAAAGGAAGAGGACAAGGAGGAGGAAGAAGAGAAGGAGGAGGAAGAAGAGGAAGAGGAGGAAGAGAAGGAAGAGGAGGAAGAAGAGGAAGAGGAGGAAGAAAAAGAGGAGGAGGAAGUAAAGGAAGAGGUGAAAGAGGAAACUACUGUAGAGCUGGAGAGUUUAUCUGCUGAAGUCAAGGAAGAGAAUCCGUUUGAGGAACUCCAGGAAGACUUGGAGUCCUUCACAACCUCUAGCGGCAACACUUACUUUGUCUAUGUAUCCCUGAAAAAAGAAGAGAAGAAAUUCAAGAGGCCCCAUUCCUCCUUUCCAGCCAUGUACUUUAGCACUUCCUUCACCACCAGGUUCACAGAGUUCGUGAUAAUUCCAUCUGAACUUAUUUUAAACAUUAAGAAACGACUUCGAGUUGGUUUCUUUGAUCACCUUGAGAAAUGGUUUGACCAAUGUGCACUCAGUGCCCGGGUCAUUGUAGCCACCAAGAUCCAUGAAUUGGAUUCUGAGCUGGAGCUGCGUCUGCACCUGCACAGACCAAGAUUAGAGCAUAUUGAGAAGGACAUCCAUAAUGUCAGGGCAGCUGAACUCUUGCGUCACCAAGAGCAGUUGAACAACCACUGCAUGGGGAUCAUUGAGACAUUAAAGAAGGAGAGGAUGAUGUUCUGCCAGUUCCAAGAAGAACAAGCAAUGAGGAGCAAGUACUUCCGCCGUAAGAUCUAUGACAUGGAGCACAUCUUCUUGAAUGCCACCAAGAGCCAAAAGCUAGUCAUUCUUACUAACACACUACACCGGGAGCUGCUGAGCCACGUGGAUGUCAUCCAGGUGUCCCUGCGCAGUUUCCGGCAGUACUUGGAGGAGAGUCUAGGCAAGCUGCGUUACACUAACAUCGACUUCAUCAAGCGCUGCAGGUUGUUUUCAGAGGGAGGUGAUUUUUCCCAUGAAGAAAUUGAGUCUCUGUGUCAUCGUCUGGAGAAGGAGGCUUCCCGGAUAGAGUAUGUUGAAAAUUUAAUCAUGAUCCACAUGGAGAAGAUGGAAAAUGAGUACCUGGACCAGGCCAACGAUGUCAUCAAUAAAUUUGAGAGCAAAUUCCAUAACUUGUCUGUGGACCUUAUUUUCAUAGAGAAAAUCCAGAGGUUGAUGACAAAUUUGCAAGUAAACAUCAAGUGUCAGGUGGCAAAAUCCAAUUCACAAACAGAUGGAUUAAAUUACUCUCUGAAGCAGCUCCAAGACAAGAUAGAAAUGUGUCGAAAUCCCAAAGGAGAUAAGACAGAGGUGACCACAGAUGACCUCCUUGGGUUUGUCCGAACUUGGAAAGAAAAACUGAACCAGAGGAUUAAGUACCUCAACUGCGGCCUGGACGUGGCGUCUGUCACUCAAGAUGUCUUUAUGGACAACAUCAUGACUGAUUUGGAGGUAGAGAGUGAUAUCCUGGUGUCCUCAGAGGCCCUCGAGGAGGAGGCCAAAAUAGGCCUGGUCAAUCCUGAGUCUUUUGCACAGCCAAGUCGCAUGGGGAAGUCGCUGCUUGACGACCCUGUCGUGGAAGUGAUCAAGAGGAUCCUAGAAAUUCCUAAGAUGAAAUCAGGGAACCUGUGUGACAAAGAACAGCCGAUGAGCGGCACCAGGCGGGCCUUCGGGAAGCGAUUUCCUUGCAGGGCAGAAAAUUCAUUGAAGAAGUCCUUGCACAGUGCCAGCGCCACCUCAGAAGGGAGCAUGUCACGGCACUCCAAGCCGAACAGAAUGGACAGAAAGUACCAGGUGGGGACAGGCCCUCUCCUUCAGUUGAGUAAAGAUUUCAAAGGAAUCAUCAUAAGCCUCCUCUGGGAGAGCAACGACCACCUGAUGACCGUUGUGGAGGAGUUUUACCGCAAAGAGAAGCGCCCAGUCUCCAGGCCUGAAUGCAUGCAUGAAAACUUCGACCAGUGCGCUGAGCACAUCACCAAGAAGAUCAUGGAGUACCAGAGCCAGACAGAUGAGUACCACACUUCCUGCGUCAUGGAAUUACGAGCCCAGGUGAGGAGAUUUGAGGAGCUGCUACCCCAGGUGUGUUGGCUAGUGAUGGAGAAUUUCAAGGAGCAGCUCUGGAAAAAGUUAUGCACCGCCAUGAAUGACAUUCAGGAAGAGUUUGAGAGUCAGAAGAAGCUGCUAGAGCAAAAGAAGGAUGAAAAUUCUCAGGAGCUCCAUCCAAAUAUUGGACAUCCCACGUAUUCCCAACAAAUGGAGACUCUAAAUGAAGCAGAAGUACAAAGACAAGAAGAGAUGGAGUGUGCAAUUAAGACCAACAAAGAGAAACUGGAGGAAUUUGCCUGGAAAUAUGGCCGCUUUUUCAUAGUCAGCUUGGCCAACUUCACUGAGAGGUUCCUGCAGCAGUUGGAUGAAGUGGUCACUGUGGAUGACCUCCAAACUGCAAGGAUGGAUGUCCCCAAGCAGAAAACAUCACUCCUCAUACGGAAGAAACUGGCCAGGCUCUCCCUGGAGGAAGAGAGUGAAAAGCCCCUGAUAGAACGUGGGAGCAGGAAGUGGCCAGGAAUCAAGCCCACUGAAGUCACCAUCCAAACCAAGAUUCUUCUUCGGAAGACACCUUCAAUUACCACCAUGAAGACCACCCUGGGUCACCUGGCAGCCGUGGAAGCCCGAGAUGCUGUGUACUUGAAAUUCUUAGCAUCAUAUACAGAGAUGCUGAAGAAGAUCCAGGAUGACAACAGUGCACAGAUGAAGGAUGCCCAGCAUUGGAAGGACAGCUGGAAGCGCUCCAUGAAUACCCUCCAGGGCCUGUACUUGUCCCAGUCUUCCCCUGACAUCAAAUAA